CCCAAUCGCAAGUUGCAGGGGCGUGUCUGGCUGGUGGCGGGAAGUUUUCGGGGUCAGCAUUGUAGGGGUUCCGGAAGAGUCCCGUUACCGAAUCCAGCCGAGGGUCCCGGAUCAGGAGGUCAUCCCCGGGCUCCGCAGCUGCCAUGGAUAACUUCCAGAAGGUGGAGAAGAUCGGGGAGGGCACGUACGGGGUCGUGUACAAAGCUCGGAACCGACUGACCGGGGAGGUGGUGGCGCUGAAGAAGAUCCGCCUGGACACGGAGACAGAAGGGGUACCAAGCACAGCCAUCAGAGAAAUCUCACUUCUCAAGGAACUAAACCAUCCCAACAUAGUCAAGCUACUAGAUGUCAUUCACACAGAGAACAAGCUAUAUCUGGUCUUUGAGUUUCUUAACCAAGAUCUGAAGAAAUUUAUGGACAGCUCGAAUAUUACAGGGAUCCCAUUGGCUCUUGUUAAAAGUUAUCUGUUCCAGCUUUUGCAAGGUUUGGCUUUCUGCCACUCACAUCGCGUCUUGCAUCGUGACUUAAAGCCACAAAAUUUACUUAUUAACUCUGAUGGAGCGAUCAAGCUUGCAGACUUUGGGUUGGCUCGAGCGUUUGGUGUGCCAGUUAGAACCUAUACCCAUGAGGUGGUCACACUGUGGUACAGAGCACCAGAAAUUCUUCUUGGCUGUAAAUACUACUCCACAGCUGUAGAUAUUUGGAGCCUCGGCUGCAUCUUUGCAGAAAUGAUAACACGAAGAGCUUUGUUCCCAGGGGACUCUGAGAUUGAUCAGCUGUUCCGUAUUUUCCGAACACUGGGAACUCCUGAUGAAACUACAUGGCCAGGAGUAACGUCUAUGCCAGACUAUAAAUCCACAUUUCCAAAAUGGGCUCGGCAAGAGUUUAGCAAGGUGGUACCACCACUGGAUGAAGAUGGCAGAGAUCUUUUGGCUCAAAUGCUCCAGUAUGAUUCCAACAAGAGGAUCUCUGCCAAGGCCGCCUUAACGCAUGCCUUCUUCCGUGAUGUCAGCAGACCCCUUCCACAUCUCAACUAGCCUGGUUCUGAGGAAAGGAGUGUCUUUAUAUGUGAUGGCACAGCAGAGCAAUGUAAAAUAGGACUCUAAGCUUCAAGAAUGAUAGAACAUGUAUCAUACCUUCCUAUUUAUUACUAUGGCUUUUUAGUGUGCCGUCCAAACAGGUUUUUAUAAAUGUCCUUUUACAGAUGACUGCUCAUGUUUUAUAUCCUAUUUUUGAUAGUAAAACAGCCAUAGAUGUACCACAUAUGGAUCGUCUCCUGUUAUCCAGUUAAAUGACAGUACAUGAUAUGUACAAUAACAACAACUUUCUUGUACUUUACCAGUUUGAUCCUGCAGUGUAGAUAAAGUUUAUAAACCCUGGAGAAUAAUUGGGAUCUCGAUGCCACACAACCAAUUCUGCCUGGAGAACAGCGUCUACAUUGUGAACAGAAGGUGUUCUGCAUUGAGGAUGAACAGGACCUUUCACAGAGUGCUUGAUGGAAUUCCUUGUUUUCUAGAUUUCGACGUUUGGAACUAUAAACAAAGACAUCAGCAGAAACUUUUCUUUCCCUAUGCACCUGUCAGGAGCUACAAGUGGUUCAUUUAUGGAAGUCUCAGCUGGACAUAAAGAAUGGGACUGUACCAUUUUGUGCAGCGUUGGUCAUUUCUGUAGUCCCAACAAACAGAAGUAUGUACAGAACUUUACUUCUUAAAGGGGUUGUACAUAAUUGGAAAAACAUGGCUGCUUUUGUUCAGAUGCAGCACAACAGCUUUCGACGUGGUGUAUGUGGUAGAGCUAUGCUACAAUACAAACCAUAAAUGGGUGUGACACUGUAUUUGGGACACAGCAGCCAUGGUUUUCCGAUCCUGCACAACCACUUAGCUCGUUGCACAAAUUGUAAAAUAUCGUAUAAAACUCAAGUCUGCACCUUGUUUCGUGUUAAUCAGUUUUUAUGUAUUAAAGGGGUUAUCCAGGAAAAAAAAAAAACUUUUAUAUCAACUGGCUCCAGAAACUUAAACAGAUUUGUAAAUUACUUCUAUUAAAAAAAUCUUAAUCCUUUCAGUACUUAUGAGCUGCUGAAGCGGAGUUGUUCUUUUCUGUCUAAGUGCUCUCUGAUGACACCUGUCUCGGGAACUGUCCAGAGAAGAAGCAAAUCUCCAUAGCAAACCUCUUCUACUCUGUGCAGUUCCCGAGACAAGCAGAGAUGUCAGCAGAGAGCACUGUUGCCAGACAGAAAAGAACAACUCAACUUCAGCAGCUGAUGAUUAUUGGAAGGAUUUACAAAUCUGUUUAACUUUUUGGUGCCAGUUGAUAUAUAAAAAAUUUUUUUCCUGGAAUACCCCUUUUAUGUUUUAAUGUAGUUGGUAUGUUUUUAGUAUAUAUUUGCUUGUUAAGUUGGCUAAUUAAAAUA